AUGGCUCUUUUCCUGGCAGUCUCCAUCCUUUGGGCUUUGAUCUGGUUGCUGUACCGUGCAUGGCAGGUCUGCCAGACUCCCAAUGAUGUUCUGGUCGAGAAGCUUGGGUUAGACAUCCCUCCGCCGCCAGAAGUGACCCUAGAAGAAAUCACCGCCCGUGAGAUUCGCAUUGCUUGGAAACAACCGGAUUUUCACAAUUCUAUUCAUAAGCAUAUAAUUCAAGUCAAUAGCACCAAAGUGGGCGAAUCGAAACGGGCGGAAACCGCAGUCGAAAUUUUAAAUCUGAUUCCAGGAAGCAUAUACCACAUUUGCGUUCUUUCGGUCAGUGCAGCCAACUUUCAGACUCCCAGUGCGAUUCUUCAUGUUCGAACGAAAUCUCUUCCGUUGUCCCAAGCCCAACAAAAUGCUACGGUCGGCGGUCCUACCAUUCGGGCAUCGAUUCCUAGGUCAACUGCCGGACUCGCCGCCCCAUCCGCCCCUGUGAUGUCUCGCGAGCACAGUGGGGGUCAAAUACAAGGGAAACGGCCUUCGGCCGGCCGGAAAUUGUCGCCUGCAGCGAGUGGAGUGGAUGUGUCGCAAACGGAUGAAACGCAGAAGAACACGGUGAACGAUGAUAUCGACGAGACUUUAGAGCAGCUGGCCGACAGGUUAAAGUCUUUACAACAAGAAAACGAAAACUUGGAAAGGCAGACUACUGAGGAAGAGGAAGAACAUGUCGCAUUGUUGAAAGAUCUCGAAAAGCAACGUGAUGAAUUGAAGAAGCGGGUCAAAGAGAAGGAUGAAGCCAGUGGCGAUUUGAAGAAACACGUAUAUAAGCUGGAAAGCGUCAAUCGCACAGUACAAAGUGAGAAGUCGAAGCGUGAAAGGCUCCUGCAGCAGAAAGAUACUGCGCGCAAGAAGCGCAAGAACGAUAUCAUUCGCUGGCAAGAGCGGAUUGCGCGCAUGACUGCGGAUGUUGAGCAAAUAAAGCAAGAAAAGGCGCGUGUUGAGGAAGAGGGGAAGCAACGGGGCGAUGAGGUCCGGGAGAAGGUCUCUAAAGAGCAGGGGGAAAUGAAAAUCAUCGAUGACGAGAUCCAGGACAAGGGCGGGCGUGUCAAGAAGCUUGAAGAAGAAAGACAGGGAAACCAGGGUGGAGAUAGUGAGGAUGGCAGAGAGUUGGAUCGUAUCGACAAUGAGCGAGCUCGGCAGUGGGAAAUCAAGUUGAGCAACCUGCAUGCACGAUAUGCUACUUUGAUCAACCUUCAUACACAGGCCCAGCAGCAGUAUCAAGAAGCUCAGGAGCGCCUGAAAUGGCUCACCACCCAGCGACCUGGUAGCACUGGACCCUUUUCCCUGCCUCUGGAUCUCGACUUGUCGAACACAGCAACCAUCCGCCCCCGUGCCCAUCGCGGCUCGCUCACUAGCAACGUCUCUUCGCCCAUCAAUUUCCCGGGGAUGGAGCCGUCGUUCACAGGCGCGAUCAAUUACAACCCUCCUACUACUAGCUCACCUCCCUUUGGUCCAAGCCCCGCGUUCUUCAACAUCAACAAUGGAAUGACCUUGCCCGGUUUAGCUGACCAGUCUGACACCAUGCGGGCAGAUUCAGAUGUCUCUUUCAGUAACCCCCAAAUGAGCCCACGUGCCGAUUCCUUGCUUCCGUCUGAUCUCCUCGGGGAUGAGGAAUCUCCAGAACUUCCUCGACCAAUUAUCCACCCGCGAUUCUCAAAUCUUGAGCCAUCUAGCUCUCAACUUGAUGGAUUUCCUCACGGCCCGCCUUCCCCGGUAUCCUCUGGGAGCCGGUCUGGGAGUAUUUUCGCAAGUCCUCAUGAGAAUCAUAAUCGACCACAGGAAUCCGAUUCACAGCAAGUUCACUUGGGGCAUGAUGGAGAAGCUCCGAAGAGUGCAUCUAGGAGACUAUCUGGGCUGUUUGGCUUCCAUCGGCCUCGUGGCAAGACACUUGCGGAUGAACCUCCUAUGCUAGGUACUCUCAAACCAGGACAAAGCCAGUCUUUUCCUCGAAAUGUAGAUGACAUGGACCCUAUCGGCUCAAGGCGUCGUCGAUUGAGCCAUACUGGCAGCUGGGCAAAUCCCGCCUCGUUACUCCCAAGAAGUAACACAACAAGUGUCCCUGCUGACAGCUCAUCCGAACAUGUGCCUUCUCGGCGAGCCGCUUUCUCGAGCAUCUUUUCUUCCAGCAGGUUUGGCUUCGGCCACGGUAGCGCUUUGGCCAAGUCCACCGAGAGCUCCGAUUUCAGCACUGGAUACAAUCAGUUCAGUCCGAGGCACGAUCCUAUUGACCCAUCGUCGAUACUGGGAACAGUUCGGCGAGGCUCUCUGUCGCCCAGGCCGUCGUCAACGUUCUCGUUUGACAAUCAACUUCCUCAUCCUUCAACGGACAAUCGGCAUUUCGGAUGGCCUUCGGCAGAAAAAACAGGUCAUCGUAGCCCUCUAGGACUUGACUGGGCGUCACCUUCCACCUGGUCCAGAACUCAAUCGCGUCGACCCUCCAUUACGUACGGUUCCUCUGGGCAUCUGCCACUAGGACUCACUGGAGAGCCGGAUUUCCUCCAGGAUUCUUUCGAAAGACAGAAUCGUCCUCUACAGGCCCCUAUCGGUACGCGACCAUCGUCUUCUCAUCGACCACUGACCCCGAAACUGAACCCUGCGGCACCUACCUUCAAGACAGUCUUUGACAAGGGAUCAGACAAGGGCAAGGAUACAGACAGGAGCAAAGACAGGGAUUCCGACAUGGCUUUCGACUUUGAUGGUUCUCCGUCAGAGUCACGCGUCUCCAGGGAUUCUCGGUCCUUAUCUAUCUUCACGGGGGACUCGUAUGAGUCCUUGGAGCGGUUGCCAUCCGGCACCUCUGUAGACAAUGCCAGCACCAAGGAAUCGUUUAUUCGAAAGAUUACCCGCAAGGGCAGCUCCAGCAAAUUCGGCUCGUGGAAGGACCGGUCUGGCUUGUUCUCCAAGAAGGGCGACUCCUCUCAAGGUGAUAUUGAUGAGGAUGGAGGCAGUGAGACGCAGCUUGGCAAGAGCGUGGACAGCACUGUCUCCAGCGCCCCAUCGGCGGACAGGUCGACCAGGAGCCUGAAUUUCUUUUCUCGGAAGUCUAGAAAAUCUGACAAGGCUGCCAGUGAAGCGAGUGAGCUAGCUAGCGAAACUGGCGAUGAGGAGAUCCCCGAGGAGGUUACUGCUUCUUAA